AUGAAGCUGUGCAUGGUUUUCAUUCUCCUGCUGUUUGAGGUACCCAAAGAUGAGGCACGGACCAAGAAGUGUUUUAACAAUAUAUCAGGCUUCUGCAGGAAAAGGUGCCAAAUGGGAGAGAUUUCUGAAACAGGAUGCCUUGGUGGGAAAUUAUGUUGUGUGAAAGAAGGGGAAAACCAACGGUACCAGGACGCUCACAAGCCGGCAUUGCCGAGCAAGGACGAGUCCAGUGGCCCGCAGGACUACGUCGUGCUGCCCACCAUCACACUGCUCACCACCCAGCCGUGA